UUGGUCGGACCCCGAAACUAGCAAUUAUGGCUCUCAACAUGCGUACCGUUUCUAGCAAUGUUGUUGCCCAGCAACAACACGGCGCCCGCACGCCGGUGCGGGUCCCGGUGAAUGCCAAGUCGGUGGUCACGCUCCGUGUUGCCCCCUUUCAGGGCGCUGCUGUUGUUCCUCAGCGCGCUGCCCUUCAGGUCCGGGCUGCGGCUGCGACCGAGGUUAAGCCGGAGAAGGAGUUGGGCCAGGCGCGCCCCAUUUUCCCGUUCACGGCCAUCGUCGGCCAGGAUGAGAUGAAGCUGGCACUGAUCCUAAACGUGAUUGACCCUAAGAUUGGUGGUGUUAUGAUUAUGGGGGACCGUGGUACCGGCAAGUCCACCACCAUCCGUGCGCUGGCUGACCUGUUGCCCGAGAUGAAGGUCGUUGCCAGCGAUCCUUUCAACUCCGAUCCCUCGGACCCGGAGCUCAUGUCGGAGGAGGUUCGCAACCGUGUGAAGGCCGGCGAGCAGAUGUCUGUUGCCUCAAAGAAGAUUCCCAUGGUUGACCUGCCGCUGGGUGCCACUGAGGAUCGUGUGUGUGGUACCAUCGACAUCGAGAAGGCCCUGACGGAGGGUGUCAAGGCGUUCGAGCCGGGUCUGCUGGCCAAGGCCAACCGCGGUAUCCUGUAUGUGGAUGAGGUCAAUUUGCUGGAUGACCACCUGGUGGACGUCCUGCUGGACUCGGCGGCCAGCGGCUGGAACACCGUGGAGCGUGAGGGCAUCUCAAUCAGCCAUCCAGCACGUUUCAUCUUGGUUGGCUCUGGCAACCCCGAAGAGGGUGAGCUGCGGCCGCAGUUGCUGGACCGUUUCGGCAUGCAUGCGCAGAUCGGUACUGUGAAGGACCCGCGCCUCCGUGUCCAGAUUGUGUCGCAGCGCGGCACCUUCGAUGAGAACCCGGCCUCAUUCCGCAAGGACUAUGAGGCCAGUCAGAACGCUCUGACAAACCGCAUCGUGGAGGCAAGCAAGCUUCUCAAGCAGGUCGAGGUUUCGUACGAGUACCGCGUCAAGAUUUCCCAGAUCUGCUCUGAUCUCAAUGUGGAUGGCAUCCGUGGUGACAUUGUAACCAACCGUGCAGCCAAGGCGCUUGCCGCCUUCGAGGGGCGCACCGAGGUCACGCCCGAGGACAUUUACCGUGUCAUCCCGCUCUGCUUGCGCCACCGCCUCCGAAAAGACCCCCUUGCGGAGAUUGACGAUGGCGACCGCGUCCGGGAGGUUUUCAAGAAGGUUUUCGGCAUGGAGUAAAGGAGGUGCUCUGAAAAAGGGUGUACUCGGAAAAUGGUAUGUGUAGCUGCGUAGGUUUGCUUUAUGGGUGGCGGGUAUGGUUGUGCUUGGGAGAAGAUGGACGAGAAUCCAUCGUGUUCGCAGAGGCACGACUUCACACGGUGAGUGGCAGCAGAGGUAUCCGACCUAGUGCGUCUUGAGGGGUGCGUGGCUUGACUACUCUCCAAAUUGAUGGUAGAGUUAUGUCCUAAGGACUGAGUCCGUUGCAGACAAGUCAACAAUUCUGGGUUGCUAAGGGUAUUAGAUGGUUAGGCUGUUGGUGCAUGCCAGAUCAUUGUGGCACGCGACACGUACUCUCCUCGGUAUUGUAGACAAGACCUUCAUCGAACUGAGCGUUUAUUUCGGGACGAACCUCCUUCGUGUUAAGGUUGGCUACCACCUGGCAGCGGUCACAAGACUGAUGCAUCGUCACUGUGUGAUGAACCUGGAUCUGGCAGAAGAUAUAUGUGCGAAGUUAGAUCUGGCCGAAGCGCAAGACGUUGCACAGUAUGAUAGGGAAGGGCUUACGCGAUGUCAAGACCAGCUGAUAACUAUUGGUAACGGUUCCGCGGUUUUGGGCAUGACUGGCCGUGUUUUUACGGCAAUAUUGGUCGUGGUAUGUGGGCAUGGUUUGUAAUUAUCUACCUGUGCC